UGUAAUGUGGUAGUAAGAGAACAUGGUUAGGUUGAAAUUCUAACAAUAGAAAAAAUUUGGGAGGAGAAGAAAUUAUAACUCUUUCUACUCUUCAUCUAAUUCUUAUCGUCUUGAUAGCCUAUAUUUUCCUGUAAGGAAACAUUACGCAUCAUUCUUAUAAAAUUCUUUUAAAUCCCAUCUUUAUCAAACUCCGGAAAAUCAAACUGCCGGUUGAGGUAGGAAGUGGUGGAAGAGUUUACUUCUACACAGCAAAUGGUAGGAGGUCUCCCAAGUCGAUUCUUUCAUUUACCCAACGAUAUAUAUCAUUAAAAGUGACGGGAUACUUCGACGAAGACUGUAGGUAGUAUAUAAAGCGUCGUUGGUACUGUAUAUAUCUUAUUUCAUUGUGAAAUUUCGGUGAUUUUUAAUACACAAGUGUGGUUGUGCCUCGGUGUACCUCGGCACAAGUCGGAUUGAGCCACUUUUGCGCGAAAUUUUGUUUUAAGUAUCAAAUUUUGAAACACACCCAUAUAACUGCUAACCUGUACAUUUUACAAAUAUGGGUUUGUUGUCUGUGGGAAAUCCUUUAAGCUGGGAGGAAACAAAAAACCUUGCCGAUCACGUACGAAAGCAUGGAAUUAUUCAAUUUAUUAACUUGUACAAGAGGCUCAGAGAUCGACAGGGUGAUGUGCUGAAAUGGGGUGAUGAGGUGGAAUAUAUGAUUAUUAAAUUUGAUGAUGUAGCAAAAACUGCAAAGCUCAGCUUAAGGGCUCCAGAAAUACUGCAAAUUUUAAAUGAAAAAGAAGAUAAUGAUCCAGACAAUAUUAAAUCAUUAUGGAGACCUGAAUAUGGAGCUUAUAUGAUUGAAGGAACACCAGGAAAACCAUAUGGGGGUUUGUUAGUUCAUUUUAAUGUUGUUGAAGCAAAUAUGAAGUAUCGAAGGCAAGAAGCUUCAAAAUUGCUUCAACCCAAUGAGGUCCUAAUGUCUUUAACUAAUUUUCCAAGAACAGGAGCAAUUGAUUUUACAGAUCCUCCUGCACAACCUACACCAAGUACUAGUGUAUCGAGAAGUUUAUUUUUCCCAGAUGAAGCUAUAUUUCCAGGUCAUCCACGAUUCAAAACAUUAACAGGCAACAUAAGACAACGGCGUGGAGAAAAAGUUGCUAUAAACAUUCCUAUUUAUAAAGAUAAAAAUGUUCCAAAUCCAUUUAAAGAGGAUUUUGGUACCUUGAUCGAAAAUGAAUCUAGUAGCGCAGCAAAAGAAGAUCAUAUUUACAUGGAUGCUAUGGGAUUUGGAAUGGGAUGUUGCUGUUUGCAACUUACGUUUCAAGCGUGUAAUAUAGAGGAAGCAAGAACAUUGUAUGAUCAAUUAACACCUUUGUGUCCAAUAAUGUUGGCUUUAACCGCAGCUAGUCCAUUUUAUCGAGGAUAUAUAAGCGACGUUGAUUGUCGAUGGAAUGUGAUAUCUUGUUCUGUCGACUGCAGAACAAAGGAAGAACGUGGUUUAAAGCCUCUGAAGGAAAACAAAUUCAGAAUCAGUAAAUCUAGAUAUGAUUCUAUUGAUUCAUAUCUUAGCGAACAAGGAGAAAAAUACAAUGAUGUGCCAUUAACAUAUGAUGAUGAAAUAUAUAAACAGCUUCAGGAUAAUGGAAUUGACAAGUUAUUAGCACAACACAUAGCUCAUUUGUUUAUCAGGGAUUCUGUGUCUCUAUUUUCUGAAAAAGUGUAUCAAGAUGAUGAAAAAGAUACUGAUCACUUUGAAAACAUUCAAUCAACCAAUUGGCAAACAAUGCGGUUUAAACCACCACCACCAAACUCUUCUAUAGGGUGGCGAGUUGAAUUUCGCCCAUGCGAAGUUCAAAUUACCGAUUUCGAAAAUGCUGCAAUAGUUUGUUUCGUUGUUCUACUUACAAGAGUUAUUUUAAGUUACAAAUUAAAUCUAUUGAUACCGAUUAGUAAAGUUGAUAAAAAUAUGGCUAGAGCUCAAAAGAGGAACGCAGUUAAAGCAGAAAAAUUUUGGUUUCGCCGAGAUAUUACAUCCGAUGCAAAAAAUCAAGAUAAUGGACAAGCGGAAUGUACGGAGUUUACCAUUAAUGAAAUUAUCAAUGGAAAGGAUGACGUCUUUCCUGGUUUAAUACCACUAGUAAACUCGUACUUAGCCAGUAUGGAUGUAGAUGCUGACACACACUGCACCGUACAAGCAUAUUUGAAAUUGAUACAAAAGAGAGCUUCAGGAGAAUUAUUGACAACUGCAGCAUGGUUAAGGAAGGAAGUUAUUUCACAUCCAGAAUACAAAUCCGACUCCGUAAUUACGCAGCGUAUCAAUUAUGAUUUAUUAAAAAAAAUUCAGAAGAUUGCUACAAAUGAAUUAUUGUGUCCAGAAUUACUUGGUACGUGUAUAUCAUCUAAAACUAAUGAAACUAUACCUGCUGCGGUUGCAAAAGCUGAAAAAGUUCCACUAUGAAUUGUUGAUAGCAAUUACACUUACAUAGAUCAUAGAUAAUUUAGAUAAAAUUUUUAUUUAUUUUACUACACUUUAUAUGUUGUACAUAUUUAGUGUGAGUAGUAAGUAUUUUGGCACAAAGCUUAACGCUGGGUGUUUGUACUCGAUCAUUUAACAGUUUUAUAAAUAGUUACAUUCCGUAAAAUAAUUUUAUUUUUAACAUAUUCAAAAUGUAUCCUUUUGUAAAAAAUAUCAAUACUUUUAAUCAUGAAAAAGAAAUCGUAAUGUGAAGCUUGUUUAUAUAGUUUAUUUAUACAUAAAUAAUAAAUUCAAGGGAACAUA